AUGGAUCCCAGUCGGCUGCAGCGACCUCAUAGCGUCCAAUCUCCACCAACCCCACCUAGUCUUCCUCAGUCCUCCUCGACUACUACUUCUUCCUCCUCCACUUCUACCAGAGCAGCGCGUUCAUCUCUUCAUCGUCCGACAUCUACUCAUACCGAUACCGAGAUGACAGGGGGUAAACUUACCACAGAGCAUAUUGGUACCAAUCAUGGACGACACAACGACAGGCAACAACACUCCAGCCGCCGAACCUCGUAUUCUUCUUCGGUGUCCACUGCGCCAUCGCAUCGCCGCCAACCCAUCUCGACCACAUUCUCAUUGGCACCUACGACCACAACAACUGUCGUGACCACAACUACGACGACAUCGACUGAAUAUCCUCCACUCUAUUUCAGACCACCGCCUAUACCCGCUCACCUCGAUCCAAAGAUUUUUCCUCUUGCAGAGACCCCAACCCCUCCUGCGCUGAAAAAGUUUUGCUUCGAUCUGAAUGGACAACCAACCUUCUUCAGAGAAAAUCAGGAGAGCGAACAGACCAUGGGACAGCUUGAGGAUGCUUUGUUCAAUCUUAGUGCUUCUGCACAUCAACGGGCGCUUCGGACUGCCUCGGAACAUAGCUCCCAUAAAGGAAACAGCAACCAAAAGACAGACCUUCAUGAUCAAACUAACUUUUCAAUGACUCAGGAAGUUAUUCGUGGCGACGGAAAUGAUAAAUCAACAACCACCACCAUCACGCGUAAAUCCAUUGAGCAUCCCCAACGUGGUCUUACAGCUCAUCCUGCUUGGCGUUCUCGUGAGCGUUGUCGCGCCAAGAAGCGACCCGCAUCUCCGAUCACACCUAUCAAUUCGAUUGAUGUAUCGACACCUUCAUCCACACAUGCUGGUAUUCCUUCUGUAUCCCGCAAGAUAGGUGAUCGGGCCGAUACUUCGUUUAUUGGCCGAUCUUCUCCCCCACAUAAAAAGUCUAAGCGUCCAUGGACUCAUGCUUCGCCUCAUGCACAAGGAGCAGAUACGUCCGAGUCAUUGUCUAGCUCUUCUAGUAAAAAGAUGGCUACAUCGUCAUCAGCUCCAUCGUUCGCCGAGUUUGCUACACCGGCUCUUCCAAGUCGCUCAACCAUCACGGACCGCACCAGGGAACAUCAUGCACAUACAUCUCGCUUGACAGGAAUUGUGGAUCCAUCUAGUCUACCUUCACCUUCACUUUCACCUACAGCAGCCACUCAAGGUGCCUUAGCAGGAUCAGGUUCGACAAUGUCUGCGGAUGGCAUGAUCACACGAAGACGAUUUAAAACUGCUCCAACUUCGUACCAUCAUGGACAAGAGAGCUCUGAACAAAGCGCGGUUACAACUGAUGGUUUGGUGGAUGAGGAAGAAAUUUACAUGAGUGAUGGUGAUGAUGAAGAAGAUGGGCAGGAAGAGAUGGACGUAGAACGAUCACUUCAACAUGCAGGCAUACAUCAUACGCCUACACUUCUUGAUCUGCCUAACUUGGUUGCAACAUUUGAUGCUUUGCCUUCAGGCCUUCAGUCGUACAUGCUUUUCCAUCUUCUUCGACGAUGCCCCGCCCCUACAUUGCAGUUUGUAAGUUCUGUCAUUCUUGCCACUAUGAAGCAAGAUUUUUUGGCUCUCUUGCCCGUAGAAUUGAGUCGAAAUAUUCUCCGCUUCUUGGAUGGGCGCAGUCUCUGCAAAGCAGCUCAGGUUAGCAAGCAAUGGAGAGCAGUUGUUGACUCGGAUGCUCAUAUUUGGAUGCAUCAAUUCCAAAAAGAAGGCUUUGUGCUUGAUGAGCACGAGGAAGAGGAGGCCUUUGCUCAAAGAUUGGGGAUCGAUGGACAUUACGGAGUACGUCCAAGCUAUCACGAGAGGAAACAGAUGGCCAAGAGAAGAGCUGCUAAGGGUAAGGGACGUCCCAGUACAGCUGUGGUGCGCCAGACCGAUCUACCAGAAUCUCCUCUGUACCCAAAUGAUGUAACAAUGCUCGAAGAGGAUGAAGUGGGAACUCCAAUGGAUGUGGUACCAGGACAUCAUGGAUCGGGACACAAAGGUCAUGGAUGGGAUAGUGAUACAGCUGAAGAGGAUGGUGAUGGUAAAGAGGAGGAGACGUUCAUGACCCCGGAUGCUGUACCGCCUUCGCCCACCACUAGCCAUACUGGCCGAUUUAACGAUGUUGAUUCCGAAGACGAAAUAAUGGAACAGGAUCCAGUUGAUGGUCCUUUCGGCCCUAUGCCUCCAUCGACUGCACAUCCAUAUAAGGCCCUCUUUCGUCGCCACUGGAUUAUUCGCCAAAACUGGGCCAAAGGCAGAGCCAAGUACAUUCAGUUCACAGGACACAGUGAUCGUGUGGUCACAUGUUUGCAAUUUGACUCUGAAAAGAUUAUUUCAGGUUACGAUGAUCAAUCUAUUCAUGUCUAUGACACGGUUACUGGUAAUCGUCUCAAGAAGCUUGAUGGUCACGAAGGAGGUGUGUGGGCACUUCAGUACCGUGGCAACACAUUGGUCUCUGGAGCGACCGACAGGACCGUCAGAGUUUGGGACAUUGAGAAGGGAAUUUGCACGCACACAUUCCGUGGCCAUACUUCGACAGUGCGUUGCCUACAAAUUGUCAUGCCGGUUAAUGUCAACAAGGAUCCUCAUGCUGUUCCAAAGUAUGAGCCAGAAUUUCCCGUGAUUGUGACUGGAUCCAGAGAUUCGACCUUGCUCGUAUGGCGCCUUCCAGACCCAGAGUUAAAUGGCCACAUUUCUCCAACGGAUGGUUCAUGGCUCUUGCAUACUUUAGUCGGCCAUACACAAUCUGUCCGCGCUUUGGCCGCAGAAGGAAGCACAUUAGUCUCGGGAUCGUAUGAUUGUUCUGUCCGCGUUUGGAAUAUUUGUACUGGAGCCUUGGUGCAUAGACUCCUAGGCCAUACCCAAAAAGUAUAUUCUGUGGUCUUGGACACGGAACGCAAUCAAUGCAUGAGCGGAAGUAUGGACGCAUUUGUUCGAAUCUGGUCGCUCGAGGAUGGCUCUUGUCUCCAUGUUCUUGAAGGCCACGGAUCGCUCGUUGGUUUAUUGGGACUGAACGCUAAUCAUCUUGUGUCAGCAGCCGCAGAUUGCACUGUGCGGAUCUGGGAUCCUGCUCGUGGCGUUUGUCUGCGUGUCCUGGCCGCACAUGCUGCAGCAAUCACCUGUUUCCAGCAUGAUGGCAAUAAAGUGAUUUCUGGCUCGGAUGGCAACCUUAAAAUGUGGGACUUUAAGACUGGAAAAUUCAUUCGUAAUCUUUUGACAGGGCUUGGAAGUGUCUGGCAAGUCAAGUUUGAUGAGCGGCGAUGUGUUGCUGCGGUACAAAGGGCUGGAACAGGUGGAGCUAAUAACGGCGCUACCUACUUUGAAGUCUUGGAUUAUGGAGUCUAUGGUAUUGAGGAACCACUCGAGAACGCUCCUCCAUUGCUGGUUGAUGAGAGUGCUGAAGCUGGGGCCCCUCGAACUGGAGCUGCUCCUGCUGGUGGAGCCGGGGCUGCAGGCACUGGUGCGGAAGGCGCGGGAGCUGGAGCUGGAGCUGGAGCGAACCCCAAUGCCAACCCUGCAACAGUCGUAACAGGUCCAGCUACUUGA